UCAUUCUUAUUUCGGCGGGUGAAAUACAGCGGUUGUUGGAACGGUCGUUUUCUGCAAUGGGAAAGCUUAAAGGUGGAAAAAGCUUGAGAGUUGAGAGAACGAGCCUUGAUUCAUGGCCGCCUGUACUCUGUUUUGGUUGGUCUAAGAACAAGAACAGAGACCGAUAAUUUGAUUCAGAUUUCUGGGGUUUGACGGAAUAGGGAACGGUUUCAUUGUUUUCAUUUCGGCCUGAAGGCGCAUUCACGUCUACAUGCAAUUGCAGAAGAUUGACAUCUGAUAUUAUUUCCUGGAUAUGAGUUGUGGUUGUUUUGGUGCCCCAGCAGUAGAAAAGAAAAAGUACCAUGCUUAUACUCAUCAAGAUGCAACUGAGCCAUUGCCAGGGAAUAUCAAAAUCUUCCGUUAUAAUGAACUGAAGUCUGCAACAAACAAUUUUGAUGCAAGCAAUAAGAUUGGCCGAGGAGGGUUUGGAACUGUUUACAAGGGAAUCCUCAGCAAUGGAACAAAAGUUGCUGUUAAGGCACUUUCUGCUGAAUCAAAGCAAGGAGUGAAUCAAUUCUUGGCUGAGAUUCAAACAGUGUCAAAUGUUAAGCACCCAAACCUGGUUGAGUUGAUUGGAUGUUGUGUUCAAGGAAACAAUAGAAUUUUGGUCUAUGAAUAUGUAGAAAAUAACAGCCUUGAUCGUGCAUUAUUAGGUUCUAAGAGUAAAAGCACUAAGUUAGAUUGGGAUAAAAGAUCUUCUAUUUGCAUGGGUACAGCUAGGGGUCUAAUAUUUCUUCAUGAAGAACUUGAGCCACCAAUUGUGCAUAGAGACAUCAAGGCUAGUAAUAUACUUCUUGGCAAGGACUUCAUUGCAAAAAUUGGAGACUUCGGGUUGGCUAAGCUUUUUCCAGAAAACAUAACUCAUAUUAGUACACGACUUGCUGGAACAACUGGUUAUUUGGCACCAGAAUAUGUAUUGCGUGGUCAAUUAACAAAGAAGGCAGAUGUUUACAGCUUUGGGGUUCUUACACUCGAAGUAAUUAGUGGCAGAAGCGUUGCAACAACCUGGGGAGAGAUGAAGAAGUGUCUUCUUGAAUGGACAUGGCACCUUUAUGGGGAAGGAAAAUUGUUGGAGCUGGUUGAUCCAGAGAUAGAAGAAUACCCAGAGGAAGAAGUUCUUAGGUACAUCAAAGUAGCCCUUUUUUGCACCCAAGAAACAGCAGGUAGAAGGCCUACAAUGAGCCAAGUUAUGGACAUGCUCUCAACAAACAUACGGCUCAAUGAGAAGGAACUUAAGCCUCCAGGUUUCUUUGAAGAUUCAGUGGGAACCAGUGAAAUCCCUUUAUCAACAAAAAAAUUCACAUCAACCAACUAUACCAACCAAUCGUACAGCUUUUCUCCAGUCACUAUCACUCAGGUGAUUCCAAGAUAAAGUAUCAAAUCAUGUUUCUGAGCUUGUAAGACACCAUUUGGUUCUUAUGAUUUCUGUAAAUGGUUUUGGAAGGGAAAAAUGUGAAUCAGUGAGAGAGUAGUACCUCGAUGCCCUGCAUGCCAUCUUUAAUGCUUGGGUGCUUGUUUGGAAGCUCUGUUAGUGGUUCUCUAUUGUAUUCUUUUCUCCAUCACAAGAGCUAUUUGAAAGUGCCAGUCUGUGGAAGGUUACUUAAAGUAAAGAUGUCGGUUGAAAUUGAGAAGUGUUUUUGUAAUGUAUAACAUUAGUAAUUAUAUGGAGUAAUUUAAGUAGCUUCUAGCGAUCUCUCUUCAUUGUUUUCUUCUCUUCCCUCAGAGUUCUUUGGAAGUGCAGUCACUGACAGAUCUCCACAAGAAAAGAUGUCUGUUCAAAUUGAGAAACAAAUUUCUAAAUAGUGCUUCACCAUACUUUUCUAAA